AUGAAUCCAUCAACCAACUUGCUUCGUUUCGAUAUCCUUUCAAAAAACAGAACCAGGUUCACUGUCAGGGAGGAGCGCCUCAGAACAAAGCGUACCCCGAUCAGAUUAAUCGAUAUCCAAAAGGGGGAAUUAGUGAAAGUGUCCAACGAACCGUAUGCAAUUCUUUCACAUGUUUGGUUCCAAGGCCCCCAGCCGAACCACGAUGAGAUGUCAUUCGGCCUACUGAACGGAAGGUCGAUCAAGACCCUCCGUGUGGAGAUACAAAAUGAGGAGGAAACACUUAAAGUACUUCCUACCUUUAUCAACAUUCUCGAGUCGGGGCAGGCAGAUGUCACGGAAAAGGUCCAAGAGCAGAUCGGAAAAACUGAGAUUUGGCCGGCGAUUGCGGAAGACUUGGGAGUACGAGAUAUGGGUUUAAACGAAUUAUCUAAAUCCAGACAGGCUGCUAUGGUUGAACGCCUGAAGGCAAGAGAGCCAAAGCUUAAAGCAGAUCCGAGGGUGGAUAUGGGACUGGCAAAAGUCGAGGGGGCAUUACAGGUGGCACAGGAGGGGGGUUACAAGUAUUUAUGGGUGGAUACAUGCUGUAUAGACAAGUCGAAUAGCACCGAGAUGAUGGAGUCGAUUGCAUGCAUGGGGGAAUGGUAUGCCAACGCGGAGGUCUGUCUAAUAUAUAUCGAAGACACCUUAAGUACAUUGUUUCCCGUCACGGGGGAUGGUGGAUACAGUUGGUCGAGCAGAGGCUGGACCUUACAGGAAAUUGCCAUGUGCAAGAAGGCGUUCUUUUAUAACCAGAGGUGGCAGCGUAUCAACCAUAGUCUUGAAGACUUAGAUCCGAACGUCACAGAAAACCAAAGGAUUCUAGAAGAUAUUGCGAAGGUCAGCCGUGUUCCGGGUCAGCUAGUCUGCAAGGAAGGUAAGGUCCGUCUUCCUGCCUCGUAUGUAUUGCAUUAUGCGGGUAUGAGGCAAUGCACCCGCGAGGAAGACCGAGCCUACUCCUUGAUGGGAAUACUGAAAAUCAAAAUCCCAAUAUUGUAUGGAGAGGGACAACAAUCCGCCAUAGGGCGCCUGAUCGAUGAGAUUCUCCGAUCCAAGAGUGAUGUCUCUGUAUUUCACUGGGUGGGAAUGAAUUACGGCUGUAGACUACCUGGAAAGUCAAUGUACCCGGUGAGCUUGGACGCCUAUCGACUGAAGGGAAGUGAAAAGCAGCGGAAACACAUCGAGCCCGUUACCAUCAGCAAUGCCGGUGUUGAAUCAUUAUUCGAGAUUCUACAGUUCCGACCAAUAUUUCCACCUGUCGAUUAUCCCGGAGGACUAUUGGGUCUCCUUGACAAGAUUGGUGGGAAGCACCCAAAUAUCGAUUGCACCAUCCGAUUCCGUAUAGAAUAUCUUCGUAGUAUCGACGACGAUAAAGCCGAAACCGAUACUACAGGACUAGAUCGAUUCGUGGUUUGCUGCCCACUCCCCGUCCUAAGACGCCAAGUGAGAUACGCGCAAAAUAGAAAAGAGUGGAAGGCCGAGCACCCUGAAUCGUUGACCGGAAGCUGGGUACUUGUAAGACUUGCGUCUACCGCAUCCCCUAGGUGGUUUCUGUGCAUGUUAGGAUUCGCCCAAGGAAAGCAAACGGGAUAUGUGGGAUUAAGACUGCCUGCGAUUGUCCCGUCAAUUAAGCCGCCUACCAUUCACCCCGACCAUAUCAUCAACAUACGAAUAUCUUGA